AUGACAGAGGGGGAAGGAGGGCAAGGAAGACUGGAGGUGAGGCACGGUGAGUUGAAGAAGCUAGAGAAAUUUCUUCUGAGAUGUGGGGAGAUGCCUGGGAGACCACUAGCUCCUGUAAGACAAGACAGACAGAGACAGAGAGAUUGUAACUGGUGCACAUGUGGAGAAUGUGAAGCCAUGCCCACAGAGGUGGAAGAUGUCUCCUGCAAAGAGCUCAAUGCAGUUCAGAAUAGAUGUGGAGAGCUGCCUGAAGAGCCAUGCUGCAUGACUCUUCAUCCAGGCCUUGAGCCAGUCUGCCUAAACCCCUACUCGCUGCAAAAUGCCCUGAACAUUUACCAGGCAGACUGUGGGCCACUGGAGGCGAAGGAAAGAGCUGUGCGUGCUCGCUAUCUGGCCUACAGGAGUUUUGUGUCAUGGUGUUGGGGAUACCUGGGAAAGGCCAACCGGGUUGUCAUCCCUUCCUGUGUUGUCCACCGCAUUCAGCAGGAGUACCCAGAUGAAAAUGGAGUACACAGGUUUUAA